CGGCAGUUAAUGAGCUGGACCAGCGCGCGCSGUUCGUGAGCGCGCCUUGUCACCUGUUGCAGUCCGGCCAGCCUSGCUGAGCUUGCUCCAGCUGAGUUUAGUUGUGUCAGUUCGGCGUUGAAGAGCUGCUUUCAUUCAGCCAUUAGAGCUCUGUGGCGAGGAAACGUGUGGCGAGUCUCCCUGAGCCUGAACCCAUCAGCYGCUCCGAGGAGCCUUUAGGUCGCAGCGAGGAGGAAAGUGCUCUGAGCUCAGAGGGUCAAAGGUCACCAGACGAUUCUGUCAGGGUCUGCACGCCAAGCCCCCUUCCUCCGUCCUCACCACCGGCACAAGUCAAGGAGAAAACCCAAACGCCCAAGCUGUUCACGCCAAGCAAACUGAGCUUCACGUCCUCCCAGUCAGGAGGGAACAACAUGAGCCUGUCAGACCUGCCCUCCUUCACCCCCGGCGCCUUCCCGCCCAGCGCCUUCAACUAUGAGCGGCCGAGGCACUUCAUCCAGUCGCAGGCGGCCUUCCAAGCGCCCAGCUAUGAGAGCGUGCUGAGGGAAGCCCAGGAGAACCAGAACAACCAGCAGAACCUCAGCAGUACCCAGAGCAGCRCGAGCGUCACGGAGGGCCAGAUGAAGGCCAGUCACACUCAGUCGUUUYCUCCAGCUCAGUCCGUGUCCAGGUCUGUGUCCCAGACUCAGUCCCAGUUCCAGUCGCUAAGCCUGAGUCAGAACCAGACCAGGUCAGUGGCCCAUGGUCAGAUCCAGACGCAGGCCAAUGGAACCGCCAAGUCCUCCCCCUCSUCAUCCGGCCUCAACUCUCCUACAUCCACCUCAGCCUCUUCUGCUGCGCCUCCUUUUUCUUCCAGCACCUCUCUGCUCCCUUCUUCUACCUCCUCAUCCUCACUGCCCCGUGCCACCAUGCGCUCCACCAUCACCCUCACCCCCAGGGUCCCCAGCGCCUCCGGCCUCGGCAGUGCCAGCCUGCCCGCAAACCAGGACACCCUGUCUGCUUCUGCUGCCUACCUCUGCUCUCCUCUGAACAUAUUUUCUUAUUACUAUCGGUUAUCUUCUCUCACUGCUCCUCUCAGCCUUCCUAAGCCCAUCUUGAAGAAAUCCGUAGCUCCUCGGCCGUCCUCCUCCCGCUCCAUAGACGAAGACAUCCAGGGCUCUAAGGACGCCUUGAUUCAGGAUCUGGAGAAGAAACUUCGCUCCAAGGAAGCCAGGAGGAGACACAGCCAGAAACUGUCGUAUGAGGAGCGAAUGGCUCGCAGGCUGCUGGGUCCAGACAAUGCUACGUAUAUGUUGGACCAAGACAAUCUCUCUGACUUACAGCUUGACCAGUCAGACUCUCCAGAAGGAAGACGAACAGGUGGACUGUGGGGGAGGCACCACUUGGGGACAGAUGAGAGGACUAACGAGGGAUCAGCGAUCCAGGAGAAAUGUUUCGCUCCUCGCUUCCUUCAGAUCCCCCCUGACCUCACAGUUGAAGAGGGACGCUUCUGCAGGAUUGACUUCAAGGUCAGUGGGCUACCGGCCCCAGACAUCUCCUGGUACCUGGACGGCAAGGCUAUCCGCCCAGACGAUUACCAUAAGAUGCUGGUGUGUGAGAAAGGGAUGCAUUCGUUCAUCAUAGAGAUUGUCACAGUGCAUCACGCCGGUGUGUACGAGUGUGUGGCCAAGAACCGAGCUGGAGAGAGCAGGUUUACUAUGAGGUUGGACGUCAUAGCUCAGGAAGCCCUCCGCCCUCCCACCUUUGUCCAAAAGAUGUUGAACACCAGAGCUCUGGAAGGAGACACCGUUCGGUUAGAAUGUAAAGUCGACGCUUCUCCUCCUCCACAGCUUUUCUGGAAGAAGGACAAAGACAUGCUGCGCAUCGACCCCAACAGAAUGAGUCUGUACCAGGACGGUUCGGGUCGCCAGUGCCUGCUGAUUGAUAGAGUGACCAAGUCUGACUCUGGYUGGUACACGCUGUCGGCCAUUAACGAAGCCGGCAUGUCAACAUGCAACGCCAGGCUGGACGUYGGCACUCGCACAACCCCAGCCUUGAAGACGGCUCCUCCUGCCUCCAAGACCCUGAAGCUGCUGUCGUCUCUGAGCCACGUUCCUGSCCUGACGGCGGAGAGCCCCGCUCAGCACACGGCUCCGCUGUACGAGAGUGAAGAGCUGUAGAGCCAAACACCUUCAGUCACRCCUGCACAACUGGACCAGAACCUCUGGAGCCAGAUCAGCAUCACACAAGACUAUUUUUAUUUUUUAAUUUCUGAACUCCUCCACACAUUUUCUUACUGUUGGAUUUGCCUGACAUUAGACUCCAUCAAAGCAACUUUGAGGACAAAGUUGCUUGAAUUCAGCUCUCAUAAUCAGCUGCGGUUUGUUUCUGAACCAGCUUUUAGUUUCUGUCCUGUCUGCUCUCAGCAGAAUGCAGCUUCUGGGUCGGUAUUAUUAGAACUCUGCAGGGUUGGCAUGCAGCUCCAGCUCUGCAGCCCAGCCUCGGUGCUGCUUUCCUGARCGCUGCCAUGGCGACGUGUUUUACAGAGCACAUGUGCAGUUUGCUUCUUGAMACUUGGAAUAUAGAAACGGCAUUGUUCUGUGUAAAGGUGUAUUUCAAAGAUAGGUGGAGUCCAGAACGUAGAUCAGUGCUUUGGAGCAAGAGUUGGAAACCAAACAGUUCAACCUUUCUUUCUGCAACGCUGCACUUUAAACUCCACAAACAUUUGCUCUACCGUUUUAGUCCCAGAAAUCUGAGUUCUCAAAGUUCAGCUGCUUCUAAGAUGUUUAGGGAAAAAACUGACAUUUGCUGCUUUUGUCUCGUACUGAAUUUUUCUGUGUUUUUUUUUUUUAAUGUGGCUUUUUUUAUUUAAAUUUGAGAAGUAUUGUCUUGGCUUACAGAUGGCUGAAUUUUAAAAAGGCUGCUAUUCUGAUACCCAAACUGCACUUAGAGCAAAGGUCACGCCAUCUAUGUUUACAUUUUCACAUCUGCAGUGCAGAGAAGCUGUUUAAGCUCGAUUACAGAAGAGAACAUGUUUCCCUCUUGCAUUGAUUCGUCUUUGGUUUUGAAUUUUGGUAAAUGGGUAUCAGUAUACCAGCCAACAGAGGGAGUCUGCUUAUUUCAACWUGCGUUCUUAUAUUGAUUAGCUUGCUGCCAGCCACGAGCUUGUUACAUUUUGACUGAAGAUGCAUGCAAGAGAUCAGCUGAAAUCGGAGCCUUUUAUGGUUUACGUCUGGCCUAAACUGAUGUUUUGCUGAAUCUACACAAGUAGCUGUUUAGUACUUGCUGUGUUCAUURAAUUUCAGCGGUGUCUGGCUCAGAAAGUGCCCACCGUUACAUUUUUAAAUAUUUUAAACUGUCUGUGUGUUUGUAGGUACUCAUUGKGAUAUUACAGGAUAAAUUAGUAAUAAAGUUKAACUCUGA